AUGACAGCCUCCCGCCUGGACUUUGGGGAGGUGGAAACUUUUCUGGACAGGCACCCAGAGUUGUUUGAAGAUUACUUGAUGCGGAAGGGAAAGCAGGAGAUGGUGGAGAAGUGGCUGCAGAGACACAGUCAAAGUCAGGGGGCUUUAGUGGCUGGCACAAGCGGCGUGGCUCACGGCGGUGGCAGAGGUAGUAGCAGCAGUGUUGGUGAUGGCACCGGACCAAAUGUCUCUGCUAGCAGCCAGCACACUCCGGGUGGUGGGGACUCAGGUGGGGUUCCCCUGAAUCCCAGCUGGGCCAGUGGCAGCCGCAACGAUGGGAGCCUGCAGCGGAGAGCUUCUCAGAAAGAGCUAAGGAAGAGUUUUGCCCGCUCCAAGGCCAUCCACGUGAAUAGGACCUACGAUGAACAAGUGACCUCCCGGGCCCAGGAGCCCCUGAGCAGUGUGCGGCGGAGGGCACUUCUCCGGAAGGCCAGCUCCCUGCCCCCCACCACUGCUCACAUUCUCAGUGCACUGCUGGAAUCGCGGGUGAAUGUGCCUCAGUACCCCCCUACCGCCAUGGACUACAAGUGCCACCUCAAAAAGCAUAAUGAGCGUCAGUUCUUCCUGGAACUGGUCAAGGAUAUCUCCAAUGACCUUGACCUUACUAGUCUGAGCUACAAGAUCCUCAUCUUUGUCUGUCUCAUGGUGGACGCUGACCGCUGCUCUCUCUUCCUGGUGGAAGGGGCAGCUGCUGGCAAGAAGAGCUUGGUCUCCAAAUUCUUUGACGUGCACGCAGGAACCCCACUGCUGCCCUGCAGCUGCACAGAAAACUCAAAUGAGGUGCAGGUCCCCUGGGGCAAAGGCAUCAUUGGCUAUGUCGGGGAGCAUGGAGAGACAGUCAACAUUCCUGAUGCCUACCAGGAUCGCAGAUUCAAUGAUGAAAUUGACAAGCUAACUGGAUACAAGACAAAAUCAUUACUGUGCAUGCCUAUCCGAAGCAGUGAUGGUGAGAUUAUCGGUGUGGCCCAAGCAAUAAAUAAGAUUCCUGAAGGUGCUCCAUUUACUGAAGAUGAUGAAAAAGUUAUGCAGAUGUAUCUUCCAUUUUGCGGAAUUGCCAUAUCUAAUGCUCAGCUAUUUGCUGCCUCAAGGAAAGAAUAUGAAAGAAGCAGGGCUUUGCUAGAGGUGGUUAAUGACCUCUUUGAAGAACAGACUGACCUGGAGAAAAUUGUCAAGAAAAUAAUGCAUCGGGCCCAAACACUGUUGAAAUGUGAACGCUGUUCUGUUUUACUCCUAGAGGACAUCAAAUCACCAGUGGUGAAGUUUACCAAAUCCUUUGAAUUGCUGUCCCCAAAGUGCAGUGCCGAUGCUGAGAACAGUUUCAAAGAAAGCAUGGAGAAAUCAUCAUACUCCGACUGGCUGAUAAAUAACAGCGUUGCUGAGCUGGUAGCUUCUACAGGCCUUCCAGUAAACAUCAGUGACGCCUACCAGGAUCCCCGCUUUGAUGCUGAGGCUGAACAGAUAUCUGGUUUUCACAUAAGAUCGGUUCUCUGUGUACCUAUUUGGAAUAGCAACCACCAAAUAAUUGGAGUGGCUCAAGUGUUAAAUAGACUUGAUGGGAAACCUUUUGAUGACGCAGAUCAACGACUUUUUGAGGCUUUUGUCAUCUUUUGUGGCCUUGGCAUCAACAAUACAAUUAUGUAUGAUCAAGUGAAGAAGUCGUGGGCCAAGCAAUCUGUGGCUCUUGAUGUGCUAUCUUAUCAUGCAACAUGUUCAAAAGCUGAAGUUGACAAGUUUAAGGCAGCCAACAUCCCUUUGGUGUCAGAACUUGCCAUCAACGACAUACAUUUUGAUGACUUUUCUCUCGAUGUUGACACCAUGAUCACGGCUGCUCUUCGGAUGUUCAUGGAGCUGGGGAUGGUACAGAAAUUUAAAAUCGACUAUGAGACACUGUGUAGGUGGCUUCUGACAGUAAGGAAAAAUUAUCGGAUGGUUCUAUACCACAACUGGAGACAUGCCUUCAACGUGUGCCAGCUGAUGUUCGCAAUGUUAACUACCGCCGGGUUUCAAGAGAUUCUGACCGAGGUGGAAAUUUUAGCGGUGAUUGUGGGAUGCCUGUGUCAUGACCUCGACCACAGGGGAACCAACAAUGCCUUCCAAGCUAAGAGUGGCUCUGCCCUGGCCCAACUCUAUGGAACUUCUGCUACCUUAGAGCAUCACCAUUUCAACCACGCAGUGAUGAUCCUUCAAAGCGAGGGUCACAACAUCUUUGCUAAUUUGUCCUCCAAGGAAUACAGUGACCUUAUGCAGCUUUUGAAGCAGUCAAUACUAGCAACAGACCUCACGCUGUACUUUGAGAGGAGAACUGAAUUCUUCGAACUUGUCAGUAAAGGAGAAUAUGAUUGGAACAUCAAAAACCAUCGUGAUAUAUUUCGAUCAAUGUUAAUGACAGCCUGUGACCUUGGAGCCGUGACCAAACCGUGGGAGAUCUCCAGACAGGUGGCUGAACUUGUAACCAGCGAGUUCUUUGAACAAGGAGAUCGGGAGAGAGCAGAACUCAAACUCACUCCUUCAGCUAUUUUUGAUCGGAACCGGAAGGAUGAGCUGCCUCGAUUGCAAUUGGAGUGGAUCGAUAGCAUCUGUAUGCCUUUGUAUCAGGCAUUGGUGAAGGUCAAUGUGAAACUGAAGCCGAUGCUGGAUUCAGUAGCUGCCAACAGAAGUAAGUGGGAAGAGCUGCACCAGAAAAGGCUGCUCAUCUCUUCGGCUGCCUCUGCCCCCUCUGUCAAUCUCAUGGUGACAGGAGAUGACAGAGACUAACCCUCCAGGUCAGCCGCAGCUGUGAAAUGACUGCAUCCUCAAGAGCCAGCUUCGGUCCCACCACAGUAUUCUUUUGUUCCUUUAAGCUCAAACAGACAUAAAGUCUCAGGGUUGUGCUGGGAAGCAUGCCUGGGCUUUCACCUUGCAGUGUGGUGCCAGCAGAAAGGACAGAGGAGGAGGUGGGGCGGGGAGCACAUGCCCCAGGACGCUCACCUCUCCCUGAUGAACACACAUGGGCUGAGAUGAAGGUUCUGGGCAGUGGGCCACUUGGGUCCAGGACCUGAGGAUGGUUGGCCCUGCUCACUCUGAGCUGAGGGAAUGUUGAACAGUGAAGGCGUCAUUAGCGCUGCUUCAUGUUGUGUAUGGCUGUUCUGUUUGUUACAAGCCAAACAACGCCUGCUUUUGCAUCCUCUCCUGAGCUCCCCCUUCUGCGCCAGACUGUCCCAAGCAUCCCAAUUGGUAUUCUGUAGAGAUAUCUUAUUUUUAAUCCUAAAGCUUCUUAAUGAUGGAUCAGAACCUUUAGAAUCGCCUACCUAAAAGAGAAACUAUAUUAUCCUUACAAAAACCAGCCAUUCCCAGUUUUCCCCUAAAAAGGUCGAUAGUAGGAAGACAGCAAAUGUGUUUGUCUGAUUGGCGUUUAGACAAGAUUCAUAACAUUGUAUUGGGAUUGUGGUCCCCCUUUUCAGUUUUUUAAUUCAACCUUCAUUGUAGACCAAGUCUUCUCCCAGAAGGAAUGGAUUAAUAGACUUAAAGUAAGGGUGAAAGGAAAUCUAUAGGUGGAUUUAACGCAAAUGACACAUGAACAUUCAGAACUAUUUCCAACAGUGAGACAUUUCAUAGGACGCAGCAGAGCCACGGAGAAUGAUCACUGACUACCUUUAGCUCUCCUAGUGAUGAGUUUCAGUAUAAAAUGUAAGGUUACUACCAGUGCCAACCUAAAGCCAAAUGGAAAGGUCCCCAAUUUUGGAUUUUUCCUUAAGUGUAAGAUAUAAUGCUUGAAAGGUUAAGAAACAACAGUCUAGGCAGAGAACAGAUAUUCUGUAGAAAGCUAGGUUUAUAGUAGAUAAGAAUAAGCUAUAUUAAAUAGAUGCAAUGACUAGAAAGCUGAGAGACUGAGGACAUGGUAUGCCUUAUCCAAAGAACGCUGGGCCAGAAGCUACACCUGUACCCUAGGUUUGGCACUAUUCACUGGAUGGCUUUAGACAAGUCACUUAACUUCUCCCAGCCUUUUUCCUCAUUUGUCAAAUGAGAUUACACUAGGAAAUUAUUUUCAAACAUGAUUUAACCUUAGAACUCUUUGUUCAAAUAAAUCUUACAAAGAAUCCCCAAGACAUAAAACAUCUAAAAGCCCAAGUCCUCAGUUUGAAGCUGGGUUGGGAGAGCCAGAGCCCCUACAAAUCCUUAUUUCUUUGAUUACAUACCUAGUAGCCCAUAAUUGGGCUCUGAGGAGUUUGAAAAUCUCUGGACCAGAUGAACCUUGAAGUCCAUUCCAGCUCUAAAGAAUCUAAAAUUUACAAACCAGUUUUGUUCUUGUUGUUGCUCGUCAGUGUCAGUUAUUAACUUUACUACUCAGAGGAACAGGGGCCAAGUUCCACCAAGGACAUUUUUUUCCUGGCGCAUAGUAGACAUCUGGGAAAUGUUUAAAGAAUGGGUAGAUUAAAGUACCAAAACGGAAGUAAGGGAAGAGCAGGUACCCAUGGGGUAAAAGGAAGAUUCUAUAUGGGCAGAACUAGAGGAAAAGAAAAUUAUAAACCAGGCAAAUGGGGGGAAGAGAAGGAGGAGAGGGAAAAAGAAGAGGAGGAGGGGAAGCAAAAGAGAACAGCUAACAAGGAAGAGAUGGGGACCGAGGCAGGUGGUAAGAGAACUGAUAAAGGGAAGGUGAACAUCAAUCCAAACAAAGAAAAAUGGCAUGUCUUCCCAAAAAAAUGAGGGUACAGAAUCCUAUCAUCAAUUGCCUAGAAAAGAGAGAAACUUGAGCAGGGAGGGGGUUGACAAAAGAGAGAAGGAAGGAGUAGGAACCCUAAAAAUUAAUGUUCCCAGCUACCUUUUACAGCUGUCUCUGCGGGGAAGACUGGAGAAACUAGAGGAGAGAAUGAGUGCAGGAAAAAUUGCCUCCACGGAGCAGGUAAGAGGAGGUUGUUCAGAUUUAUGGAUUUUAUUAAGCCAGUUUUCUGAAUCACUCUGCUAUAAAGGAAAACAGCUUCUGCCGGGCUGUCUCCCUCCUUCAGGUGAGGAACAAAGGGGGGGUGGAGGUAGGGACAGACUCUGGUCGUGUGUCUGCAGCUCAGAAGCACUGCAGGUGUUCCUAGCUAUUGUGUCACAUCAUGUUUAUAUCACAAGUGGGAAUUGAAAAUCAGUCCAUGUGAGGCAGAGAUGAACCCACAUCUGUCAUCCUCCCCAACGAUAAAUAAAUAAAUAGCCCAGACAGACGAAUGCCAUUGUAUCUAGAGUAAAAUUUGAAAGCAUGUGCUUUAUGAUAAAACUAGACCCAGGGUCCAAUGGAGACUGCAGGUAGCUACACGCACUGUGGCUACCCUGAACGUUGAUGCUGCAUAUUGCUAAGGGGAAUGUAAUUUAUAGCACAAACUCUACGGCUUCCACUAAGGUUGAGUUUUCCUCUCAUUUUCUUGCCGUUUUAUUGGCUUCACUGCAUGGUUGCCAAUAGCAACACCCACUGGUAGCAAGAGCAGCUCAACACCAUUGCAAUCUGCCAUACAGUGGAGCCCUGACAAUGUCAACCAUCAAUCAAGCAGCUGUUUGUAACUGCCUCCAUCUAUUAUUUCUCCUGUCUCGAGGUAUCUUUCCUAUUGGGGUCAAAAUUCAGAAACUGCUGACUAAUGCCCCAGUCUGUUCCUCCACAACCAUGAAACAGUAGAAAAGAGGGUAGCAGCCUCCCUGGUGCCAACAACCCAGAGGGUUAGAGGUUGAACUCUUGGGCGUUUGAGGUAUUUUUAAUCCCUUUUCUAAUGUAUAACUUUCCACGAAUUGGGGGUAUGUGUGGUUACCCAUAUAAUCUGCUUUUCCAAAAUAGAGAAAAUUUCCCAAUCCUUAUUAUUGUUUACUUCCUAUUGGAGGAAGGCAUUUGAAAUGUGAGCCUUCUUAUAAAACCUACAACUGACCAGAUUAUGUGCGCUUCCUCAGGUCUCUUGGCAUUAAUGGUUGAAAUGACUUCAUCCUACUUUCUCCACGAAGUGUAUUUUUUUCAGGCAGGCUAUUUAUAAUUUUAUUAGUCAGUAUGUGGAGAAUACAUGCACAACCUACAAUGUAACUGGCAAUCCCAGCCAGGAGGGAUGGCUUGGCAAACUGUAAAGGGCACUACCCCAGUGCACAGUGGAUGGGGCUCCCCCAAGCCUGGCCAUCAGCCAGACCUGUUAUCUUGGGACUCUCAGGUCUCGGGUUUUCCACUUAUAAAAUAAAAGCACUGAGUUUUAUUCAGUUCAUUUCUGCACCAAAGGACCAAGCUGUAUUUAACUUUAAAAACUUCUCAAAAAAGACAGGAGCAAAGAGGUCAUCUCCUCACUAAAGACAAAAUAAAAAGUUACAUAUAUGGAGUAGAUAUAAAAACAACCUUAUCACAGAUAUGUCUGAGCCUGCCUCUAGUGAUCACGAAAGACAUGGUCAUCAGUACAUGGUUAUAGGUACAAAAAUAUACCCUUUUAUUUCAUAACUUUAGAUUAUCUCAUUUCAUAGAUAUCCCAUAAAUGGUAGUCAGUUUAAUUUACAAUUUAUAAAGUGAGUCAAAAGAAGUUAAAAUUGCAUGUGUGCUUUCUGUUUCUAAAAUCUAAGCUGUCUACACAUUUCCAGGUAUUUUAUAUUUGCAUACUCAUUGGGUUGGGUUGGAAAUAAUCUUUAAAAUUUUGUUAGUGAAAUAACAUUAUCUAAUAUUAAUGCUACAAGAAUUCAGUUGCUUUUUCAUGUAUCAAAAUUUAUCAUAUUUGAUCCACUUACCUGAAGUCAUUAAACAGAGUCUGCUCAAUUUACUUUGUGGUAAAAUUAUUUUAAAAUCCAUUUUUCCUGCUGACUCUUAAUGAAUUGCACAAAGAUAAAAUACAAUUUCAUCCCCAUUAAUAGUGUGAAAAACUCCUCUCAAGCAGGACAGAAAUCUAAAUAUAUUAAGGGAAGAUUUACAUCUAAAGAAAAAUGUUUUGGCUGGAAGUAAACACUCAUAAAGGAUUCAUUAAAGCAAAAGAGCAAAACCUAAUUUGGGACCCUAAAAACUCUGGCAAUGCCAGUGAAGUUUCAUUGUCUGCUUCAGAAUAACAGUCUCUGAAACUGUUGUUCUGCCGCAUGCUGUAAAGAACUCCCAAAACUCAAAUGUCACAGGAAAUUUAAAGGUUGAGUCUGACUACAAGAAGGCCAAAAUUUCUUAAGUUUCUUAAGUAAGCAAUAAUAGAAUAAAACACGUAGAUGGCAGAAAUAAAGUGGUGUGUCUGGGGAAGUUCAUGUUGAGUACUUGGAUUUAACAAUGCCUGAGGUCCUGCUUACAUCGCUUGUGUACCUUUUCCUCAACUAGUAAUUUGGUGUUGUACAUCUUUUCUAAUUUAAUUUUGAAUGUUCUUGCAUAUUUAGUCCAUCUCUCAACAGUGCUAAAGAUAAGUUAUUUAUCUGUGUAGCAUAUCUCUACCAAUGUCACUGAAUAUAUACACUGGCACAGAAAUAUGUUUGUUUUAUUAAGUAAAUGAAGUAUUUGCUAUAAAAAAAUGUGUUAUUUCAGGCCACCAUUUACCUUUGUGUUCAUUUGCUGUGUGUGUAUGUGUUUAGAAUGUCGAUUAUUUUUUUCUUUAGACUUAGAUUAAAUCAUAUUUAGAUGAAUUUUAAAAAACACAAACAGCAUUGUAUGGGAACAGGAGUUUAGGUUUUGGCUAAUCUCACUCCCUUGGUGAAAAAUGCUUUUGCCAUUUUAUUUUGAUGUACAAUCAUCUAAAAAGGAUCCCCUACUGAUUUGCUUCCUAAGUAUUAUUGUUUUACACAAAAGAAGGGAAAUAUGUCUUCAACUGAAUUGUCUCACAUCACUCCAUUUGUGUAGAUUUCCCAAGCUGAGGUGUCAUUUUAAGAAUACUACAUUAUAGACUGUUUGCCCAUUUCACAAGCAUCUAAUCCAUGAUUUUGAAACUGCUUUAAGAGACCUAAAUAGCUUUGUUUUUAAUAAAAUGCUUAAA